CUUAUUUUAGAACGCGAGAGCGUAGUGAAUCCAGUCGUGAACAUUCGUACGUAGUACGCAAGCACAGGAUUUGACGGUUCCUCGUGGCAGUUCUUCUGUUAACAGGCUGACAAGAUUGAGCGUCUUGUUAUCGGAAUAUUUAUGUGAUAACAUCUAUCAAAGUACUCAUGGUAUCGGUUAUGCAGCCGUUUAUGGACAUCGAGAGCUCGAGGAGCUAUAUCGACGAACUCUACUCGCCGGAUCAGCAGAAAUGUCUGGAAGCGAUUAUAUGUCUGAAAAAUUCCGUGAUUGGCAGCAAUCGGCAAAAAGGUUCAGUAAUAGCUCAAGGUGUCGUCCCCCGGCUGUUGCAAUUGCUUGGUGAUCCCAGCGGUACUAUCAGUGAUCGUAUAAGAUUGGAAUCAGCUGUAACACUGGGAUCUUUAGCCAAAGGAACAGACCAACAUGUAUUAGCACUCAUAGAUUUAGGUGUAAUUCCAUUUCUUCUUGGCGUGAUGCUUACUGUACCAAUCCCUGAAGUAUCUACAAAGGGAAAAGCGAGUAUAGCUGAUCUUUUACACGAGGCCUGUCUGCGGUGCUUGCGUACGAUAUUUCAGCACACAGCAGCACCUGUUCAUGCAAUAUAUCGUGACCCCGCGAUAGUACCACGAUUGCUGUCUUUGGCUAGUCGAUCGGUUACUUGUCAAGUAUGCGUAGCGACGAUUCUAACGACAGCUUGUAAGACAGCAGAGGACCAAAACGCUUUAUCCAAAGGUGGAGCUGUGGAAACAUUAGCAAUGCAGUUAGAUUCUCCUCUAGCUGACGUUCAACUACCGGCUUUGGCCUGUUUAGCGAAUAUGUGUUACCAAAACCAAACGGUUUCGGCGAUGGUGGCGAAUGCCAAUACCAAUAACAACACUUUUUUACCUAGAGUAGUACCCGCUGCGUUGGGACAAUUGAUGGGUCGCGAAAAAAAUUCACUGAUACAACUCGAGGCAGCCAGAUGCGUCGCAUACAUGCAUAGAGCAGGGGCGUUGCCUGCUACGGACGCACGAGUUGUAUACCGCGCUUUGCCUUGUCUCGUAAGGUUGUGUCAUCGGGACCGGCCACCACGUGAAAGAGUUGCUGCCGCAGAGACGCUUGCGUAUCUUACCGAAGUCGAUACAGAUUUACAACGUUUAGCUUCGAUCAGCAAUCAUCUGAUACCGACACUGGCUGAACUAUUACGACCGCAUCCACAGGUACAAGAUGCAACAUUAACACAAGACAUGCGACAAGCCGCAUUUAGAGCAUUCGCAUCUCUCGGUGCUAAUGAUGAGGAUAUACGAAAGCGUAUUAUUGAGACGGAAAGUCUUAUGGAACAAGUAGUGUCUGGUCUUCAAGAUCCUGGCGGAUCUCGCGUCCGGUUAGCCGCGGUUAGAUGUUUGCAUUCUUUGUCGAGGAGUGUACACCAGCUUCGAACUACAUUUCAGGAUCAUGCAGUGUGGAGACCGCUUAUGCAGUUGUUACACGGAGCAGACAAGGGGUUGGAGGGUAGAGGCGAAAGUGAAGAUGAUUUGUUAACUGUUGCCUCGAGCACUUUAUGUAACUUACUGUUGGAGUUUAGUCCGAGUAAAGAGCCCAUUCUCGAGUCCGGCGGAGUUGAGUUGUUGUGUUCUCUCACUAAACGACCCGACCCGGCACUCCGAUUGAAUGGCAUUUGGGCGCUGAUGAAUGUGGCUUUUCGAGCGGAGCAACGAGUGAAGUCGCAGAUACUCUCGUGCCUGGGUACUGAUCAGAUUUUUCGUCUCCUGGCUGAUCCGGAAUUAGCAGUUCUCAUGAAAACGCUGGGUCUCUUGCGAAAUUUGCUCUCUACUAAGGCUCACAUAGACCGCAUUAUGGGCGAACAUGCCGCUCAUGUUAUGCAGGCAGUUAUAUUGGUACUGGAAGACCCGGAGCAUCCGGCAGACGUCAAAGAACAGGCUCUGUGCAUCUUAGCAAAUGUUGCAGAUGGUGAUCGAGCCAGAGAUCAUAUCAUGGCUAAUGAGGACGUGCUUAAGAAACUUAUGGAUUAUAUGAUGCAUAGCAACGUGAAACUGCAAGUUGCAGCGAUUUUCUGUGUGUGCAACCUAGUCUGGAGAGAGGAACCCGGUGCUGCGCAACGGCAAGCACGUCUAAGAGAAUUAGGCCUUUAUCGUAUUUUGCAGCAGCUACGUCACACGAAAGACUCUCAAUUGUUUGAUAAAGUCAAGACUGCCUUGGCACAAUUUUACGAUGCUUGAACUUCGAAUGUAUUGACAAGGAAGAUUGGGUCUUGACUUCAAGUCUCUUUUUUAUAUUUGAAAUACAUUACGAGUUUAGUGUUAAGACUGUGAUCACUUCUCGGUUGACGUAUAAGUGCUCCUCGAAACUUCUAAGCAAAGCGAACAAACCGAUGGUUCUGAGCCUAUGCCUGUAAUCUGUUCGACGUAUAUUUAUUUAAUUUAAGUAUAUAUAAAUAUAUAGAGAGAAAGAGAGACACAAUGCGCGCAGUGUAACUCGUUCGCUUAUAUUGAAAGAAAUGUUUGAUAUGUAUUAAUCUCGUUAGCUUACAAGCAGAGGCUUCAGACACGAAUUGUCGUAUGCAAUAAGAAAGAAUUAAAGGGACAAGAACUUGAAAUAAAUAGAAAGCAAAUACA